UAGCUCCAGUGUCUGGACGUAAUAACAGCGAUUAUCUUACGCCUUUGUGCCUCGCACCAGACUCCAUCUGCUGCUUGCAUGGCACGGUAGGACACCAAAGGAAAUGAAACUGCUAAGCAGCUCCCUGCUGCUGCUUGUCUACGUCACACAUGUGAAGCCCGAGACGAUUCCAAACAGGUGUCUGAAACCACCAGUUCUUGGGACCUGCCGCCCGUUCCACAAGGUUUACUACUUUGAUUAUGAUUCAUACAAGUGCAGAAAGUUAAAGGGGGGCAUUUGCAUUGGAGGCAGCAACCACUUCCCCACGCAAGACAGGUGCCAAGAGACGUGUAUACGAAAAGAAGGGAAAAAGUCACGAAGAUGCCUGGAAAUGGCAGACACAUGCAGCUGUGCCCCACGAAUGCGGUCCUGGUAUUUCGAUCCUAAAAAUAAUCACUGUAGAAUGUUCAACCACACUGAAUGCGCAGGAGGGAUCAACCGGUUCGAAACCGAAAAGAAGUGCAUGGAAUUCUGCCUACCAACACCAAAACCAACAAAACAAAAAGCGGUCUGCAGUGAAGACCCAAUUCCCGGCUGGUGGUGGUGCUGGUUCAAAAAGACGCAGUGGUACUUUGAUGUUCAAGCAAACACCUGUCGUCAUUUUGAGGGCAAGAAAUGUGCAAAAGGCGCCAACGGAUUUCCAACUUUCGAGGCCUGCAUGGAGCGAUGCAGCUAUACGGGCUGCCAAAGAUGCAAAAAUGGACUCCCAUAUUAUUACCCGAACGGAACGUCACCCUGUGGACCAGAGCCCGAGUAGGCUGAUAACAGCGGCUGCUACUUUGGAGUACCGGAACAGCAAAAGCUCAAGCGAUGCAAAGAAAACGUGCAACGCCUCUACAGUAUAGAAAGGAAGUUAAAACGCCUCUACAGUGUAGAGGCGUUGGUAUAAAUGCGGUAAGCGGUCUUCUAGUCCGCUGCUAAGCUACACUCAACUAUAAGAUGAAAUAAAAUUGCACCUAAGUAGCGAUGACAAACUCAGCGGAUUUCAUCCGCAAACACUGUCUUUACCCGCCUUAUUUCGCGCACACCGAAAUUUUACAAUGAAUUAUUCAUGACAAGUCAGAAUUGGUGUUCUAUAUCACAGACUCAAAUAUUUGUUGUACUGACCUGUACAACAGUGUGAAAACCUUCUUUCACAUAUUUGUUAAUAUU